AUGUCGCAGAACCCGUUUAUGGAUGUCAUACUCGCAAUUGUCUGCUAUCACAAGGAACGCAUUGAAAAGUUCGAUAACGAAGCGGAACGAGAUGCGCAAGAGAAAACGCAUCUUACGUGCACGUAUUCGCAUGUUACGUGCUACUAUGGGUAUUACAGCUUGCAAUUCCAGAAUGGAAACCUCCGGAAGAUCCACGAACAAACCGAACACUUUCCUGGCAGUUUCAUGUGUACUUUUUGCGGACAGCCUUAUGGGAAUGCACUCCAAUGGAGAGCAUGCGAAGCAUCACACGGUGCUGGCCGUGGACAGCCCUAG